AUGAGAUCUGGCUCAGUGCUACGACACAUUGCACGCACAACUUUAGAUACAUCGAGGACCACUACAACACGACAUUCCAUCUACUUGAGUCAAGAAAUUUCUGUUCAAAUACAAUCACAUCAAGAUGACUUCCAGCGUCGAGAAAAACAGGCCAAGCCAACGAUGACGGCUGCGGCGAUGGAGACAAGCAAUCCAGCCAGUGCCAUGUUCUCGGACACUUACUUUCCGCCCAGGCCUUCCACCAUCGAUAGACUUGUCAUUGUGUUGGGAUCAGCGCAGACGGAUACGAUGCCAGUGAUAUCAGGAAGCAUGCUCACUAUUGUGGGAUUAGCAACAGGAAAAAACGUCUCGUAUGAUUCUUUUGCAGUAGCGCUAUUGCAAUAG